UGCGUCACUUCCGCUUCCGUGUCCUUGGCAGCAGGAGUAGCAGCAGGAACAGCAUCCUCAUCCUCGCUUUUCGGGAUAAACACAUGGCUAAGCUAAGCAAAGAGACCAAACAGCGGCUGCAGCAGCUGUUCCAGUGCGGCCAGUUUGUGAUCCGAUGGGGUUUUAUUCCAACCGUGUUGUACCUGGGUUUCAAACGAGGAGCAGAUCCAGGGAUGCCUGAACCCACAGUCUUGAGUUUGCUAUGGGGCUGAGGAACAUCUUCUACGCACAGCAAAUCCCCUCCCUUCCUCGAGAGACCAUGUGACCCACCUGUCGUUGGAAAUCCUGGAAAUUGACUUUAUUUUUCACCUUCUUCUCCAUGAAUCAUACAAUGUCCGAGAAGUGAUGAACGAAUGUUAUCUGUCGCCACAUUGUUUGUGGCUGUACAUGUACGGAGAGUGUUGGCUACGUGGAUGGAAGAUGUUUGGAUGAACAAGCUGGAAUCAAGACUGUGUCGCUGAAAAUAUUUAUAUUUGGUUUGUGUGGCACUGUCAAAUGGAUAAACCAUUUGUUCCAUGUUUUUACUCUUUCAGUUGUAAAUUGUCUGAAAAUAAAUCCCAAAAGAAAUGUCA